UCGACUCCUGUAUGUUGCGUAUCCUGUCUUCCAUUCGUUGGUGACACACCUAAAGGUUAGGUUGCGCUUGAGAGUACGCCCAACGUGUCAGUCGGUGGCAAAAGAUUUUUGCACUGUAGUCGUCGCUGAUUCUGGGCAUUUGUGGCGUUAUACAGUGUCUUCAACGUAGCUAUUUAGCUAUAUAUUCUUGCAUUUUAGAUUGUGUAGAGAAUGGACAGCAUAAAGGAUGGAUGGUUCACUGAAACGUGCACACUAUGGCCUGGACAAGCAAUGAGUCUUCAGGUCGAAGAGGUUCUGUAUCAUAAAAAAUCAAAAUUUCAGGAUGUCAUGGUUUUUAAAAGCAAAACGUACGGGAAUGUCCUGAUUUUGGAUGGAGUUAUCCAGUGCACAGAGCGAGAUGAGUUUUCAUACCAAGAGAUGAUUGCCAACCUACCCUUGUGCUGUCACCCUUGCCCCAAGAAGGUGCUGAUCAUUGGUGGAGGGGAUGGGGGUGUUUUGAGAGAGGCUGUGAAGCACCCUCUGGUGGAGUCUGUGGUCCAGUGUGAGAUUGAUGAGGAUGUAAUCACUGUCUCCAAGAAGUACCUCCCUGGAAUGGCAAAGGGCUUCUUCAGUCCCAAACUCACCCUGCAUGUGGGAGAUGGCUUUGAGUUCAUGAAACAGAACCAAGACGCCUUUGAUGUCAUCAUUACUGAUUCAUCUGACCCCGUUGGUCCAGCAGAAAGUCUAUUCAAGGAGUCUUACUACCAACUUAUGAAGACUGCUCUACGAGAUGGUGGAAUUCUCUGUUGCCAAGGAGAGUGUCAAUGGCUCCAUUUGGAGCUGAUUAAAGAGAUGCAGACCUUCUGCAAGUCUCUUUUCCCAGUAGUGGAUUACGCCUACUGCACCAUUCCCACCUACCCGAGUGGCCAAAUUGGCUUCAUGCUGUGCAGUAAAAACGCUCAAACAAAUUUCAGAGAGCCUGUUCGAGAAAUGACAAGAGAGGAAGUGGAAAGCAUGGGCCUGAAAUAUUACAACCCUGAAAUCCACAAAGCUGCUUUCAUCCUCCCAGAGUUUGCCCGGAAGGUACUUUAUGAGUCGUAAAGCCGUGCACAGGGACGGCCACUUUCUCCCACUCAGCCCUCUGUGACCACAGAACCAAAUCCACACCACAAGCUGCAGUACCUCCACUCACCCCAGAUGCUGUCCGAGUUCACCACUGACGAGGACCUGAGGCCAGGCCCAUGGAAAAGAAUACCGCCGUGGUAAUGGCCUCUGCAGGGGGGGGAAUGCUGUGCUUUCAGACAGUUGCAAAUCCUUCCAGUGCUUCCUUCCAGCCUUGCACAUCCUUUCCCAUUUAGGCUAUUUUGGUUCGUAUUUUUUCUUGUCUGUUAACAUCCACACCCAACUGUUUUUGAUCAAAAUGACAAUAAUUUCAUAUUUGUCCCCCAAAUAUUAUUUUUUACUAUAAACAUCAUAAUAUUAUAACUUGACAUAGUAUAAUCAAUCUAAAUUUAGAAUUUGUCUUGAUAUUAUGGCAUACAUGGCACAUUCAGCAAUUAUGAAGAUACCUGUACUUUCCUUUAUGCUAUUGAUUUCUCUUUUAACAUCAUUAAGUCAUUGAUGCUUAAUGGCACCAUUAUACAGACAUGGAUGGUAUAGCGACACCGAUUCAUAGAAAUACACAGACUCAAAAACUGUUGGUCAGCCAUAUUCAAAGAAAUGGAUUGCUGGCUUUCCAAUCAAGUCUUAAAUCUGUAGCCAAUGAUGGAUGAGAUUGGCUACAUGUUUCAUGGAGAAGCGAAUGUUAGUGUGUAUUUUAUUGUGUAGAAAAUAUAAUAUGCCGUUGAUAAUAACAGCCUGACAAAGAGGUGAGGAAGGAAUUUUGCUGUUAAUGUGAUAACCAAACAAAUGGUUAAAUUUAGAAUGGGGACUAAAGAUUGCCACCAAUGUUACUGUUACUCUAUGUGGUGUAACUGGAUUUGAAAAAGGUACUAAAGAUACGGCCUAACCAGGGGAACAAGCUGUGUAUGUAACUUUAUGCCUAUUUAGACAUUCUGUGUGUGUGUGUGUGUGUGUGUGUGUGUGUGUGUGAGAGAGAGAGAGUGAGUGAGAGUGUGAGUGAAUCAGUGAGUGUGUGAGAAUGAGAGAGAGAAUUGAGAAAGAAAUUCAUGGAUCACAACGAAACUAGUAAAUGCCUGCUCUGCGAAGACCAGAGAAUACAUUGUGUCAUAGAGCUCACCACUAGAGAGCAUUUCAUGAAUUCUCAUUGUGUGCGCGGGUCAUCGAUAUACUUGUAGGCCUUGGUGAAGGGUCUUCAUGUCAGACGCGCAACAAUGCAGCCGUGUGUUUUUGUUGUGUGAAUUAUUAAGGGAAGACUGAAUCUGUGAAGCGUGCCGGCUCAGUGCAGCUCACAUAGACACCUAGCAAGGAUUUUUUUUUAGUUAAUCAGUGCUGUUCGAAUAAAGCAACUGGAAUUGCCUCCCAUUUCACCACCCCAUUGGUAUCUGGUGUGUACAUACAUCACUCAUGUAUCUUUAUGAUCUGUGUCUUAUCUCUUAAUCACUCAUGUAUGAUUGCUAUGAUCAAGUUUAUAAUGUGGAGUCCUGGGAUGAUUUUCAAAUAAAAGGCAGUAAAAUGGA